AGGCUAUUUCUCUCUUUUUGUCUGAUCAAUGUUUUAUAUUUUGCACAAGCAUAUACGCCCAUGUUUGAUUCUUCUUUGUCUGAUCCCACAAGCAUCACAUUGAUGUGAUACGGCCUCUGACAAAAACAUGUUGCAGAGAGCAGCGAGCAAUGCGUAUUCAUGGUGGUGGGCCAGCCACAUCCGUACAAAGCAAUCCAAAUGGCUCGAACACAAUCUUCAAGAUAUGGAAGAAAAAGUUGAGUAUACACUUAAGAUCAUAGAUGAAGAUGGAGACACUUUCGCCAGAAGAGCUGACAUGUAUUACCGUAAGAGACCAGAGAUUGUUAGUUUCGUGGAGGAGGCUUUUCGAUCAUACCGUGCAUUAGCUGAACGCUAUGAUCAUUUGUCUAGAGAGCUUCAAAGCGCAAACCGCACAAUCGCCACUGCUUUUCCUGAACAUGUUCAGUUUCCUCUGGAGGAAGAUGAAACUGAAGAUUACGAAGGCAAUCCACGGAAACAACCGCAUCUUCAUCUGAUUCCCAAGGGAAGCAACAUCCCUCAAGUCCCGGAGAUGCCAAUGAAAGAAUUCAGGAGUCAGUCUAUGAUGUUGUCAAGAAAAGGACCAGCUGGUCUGAAGAGAACAGUAUCUUCCGCUUUAGCAAAGCGGGAAGCGGCGGUUUUGAGUUCUGGAUUGAGUAAAGAAGAAGGGUUGGAGGAGAUUGAUAACCUUCAGAAGGGGAUCUUGGCGUUGCAGACGGAGAAAGAGUUUGUGAGGAGCUCAUAUGAGGAGUCUUAUGAGAGGUACUGGGAUUUGGAGAAUGAAGUUACUGAGAUGCAGAAGAGAGUUUGUAGCUUACAAGAUGAGUUUGGUCUUGGUGCUGCCAUUGAUGAUAGUGACGCUAGGACAUUGAUGGCGAGCACCGCCUUGAGCUCUUGUAAGGACACACUAGCUAAGCUUGAAGAGAAACAGAAGCAAUCUGUUGAAGAAGCAGAGAUUGAGAAGGAAAGAAUCACCACUGCUAAAGAGAGGUUUUAUGCCUUGAGGAACAAGUUUGAGAAACCCGAAAGUGAUGAUCAUGAUAAGUUUAUUAAGACAGAAGCAAAAGUAGAUGUGGUUCAAGAAUCGAGGUACGAAUCUGAGAGAGAAGAUUCAAAUGAGAAUCUAACUGUUGUGAAGCUUGCAGAGAAGAUUGAUGAUCUUGUGCAGAAGAUUGUUUCGUUGGAGAGCAAUGCUUCGUCUCACACUGCAUUAGUGAAGACAUUAAGAUCAGAGACAGAUGGUUUACAUGAACAUAUACGUGGUCUAGAGGAGGACAAGGCGUCUCUUGUUUCAGAUUCCACGGAUAUGAAACAGAGGAUAGCAGUUCUUGAAAAGGAGCUGAGUGAAGUUAGAAAGCUAUUCCAAAAGGUAGAACAUCAGAACAAGAGUCUACAGAAACAAUUCAAGGAAGCCAAUUGGACUGCUGAUGAUUUAUCUGGCAAGUUACAAGAUGUGAAGAUGGAUGAAGAUGUCGAAGGAGCCGGAAUUUUCCAGGAAUUGCCAGCUGUUUCAGGAUCAGAAGAUUAUCUGAAGUCAAUCUCGAAGGAGACGGAAAGUGAAAGUAGUGUUGAAGACAGGAAGAAACAUGCCAUUGUAGUUAAAGAUAGUGAAGACACUGAAGGAGCUCAAGAAGAGAGACCUGAGACUAAAGAUUCCUUUGCUUUGUCAGAAACAGCAAGCACUUAUUUUGGAACAGAAGGAGAAGAACUGGUAACAGAAGACGAAGAUGAAGAGACACCAAACUGGAGACAGUUGUUACCAGAUGGCAUGGAGGACAGAGAGAAGGUUCUGUUAGAUGAUUACACAUCAGUGCUAAGGGACUACAGAGGAGUAAAGAGAAAGUUAGGCGAAGUCGAGAAGAAGAACCGAGAAGGAUUCUUCGAGCUGGCAUUACAGUUAAGAGAACUCAAGAAUGCUGUUGCUUACAAAGACGUAGAGAUUCAGUCUUUACGCCAAAAACUAGGCACGCUAGAGAAAGACUCUCCGCAUGAAGUAGAAGAAAAUAACCAGAUGGAACAUGAUCAAGGACAGCAUGAAAGUGUGAGCAUUUCACCAACUUCUAAUUUUUCGGUUUCCACUACACCGCAUCAUCAAGUAGGAGAGGUGAAGAGAAUACCAGAAAGGACAAAUUCAGAUGAGGUUAGGGUGAAAUUUGCAGACGUUGAUGAUAGCCCGAGAACAAAGAUUCCAGCUGUGGAAGACAAAGUGCGUGCAGAUAUCGACGCUGUCUUGGAAGAGAAUCUAGAGUUCUGGUUAAGAUUUAGCACAUCGGUGCAUCAGAUACAGAAGUUCCAGACAACAGUUCAGGAUUUGAAGUCAGAGCUAACGAAGCUGAAAAUCGAAAGCAAACAACAGCAAGAAUCUUCAAGAAGCAAGCACGCAGCUGCAUCAGAGGCAAAACCUAUCUAUAGACACCUAAGAGAAAUUCGAACAGAGCUGCAGUUGUGGCUAGAAAACAGUGCAGUUCUUAAAGACGAACUCCAAGGAAGGUUUGCAUCGCUAGCUAAUAUACAAGAAGAAAUCGGAAGAGUCACGGCUCACUCGGGUGGUAGUAAAGUAAGUGAUUCAGAGAUUAGCAGUUACCAAGCUGCAAAGUUCCAUGGAGAGAUACUUAACAUGAAACAAGAGAACAAAAGGGUUUCAAGCGAACUUCAAUCGGGUCUUGAUCGUGUAAGAGUGUUGAAGACAGACGUAGAGAGAAUUCUAAGUAAACUGGAAGAGGAUAUUGGGAUCUCAAGUGCAACAGAAGCAAGGACAACUCCGAGCAAGAGCUCUUCGAGUGGAAAAGCGAGGAUUCCAUUAAGGUCAUUCUUGUUUGGUGUCAAGUUAAAGAAGCAGACAAAACAGAAGCAAGCUUCAGCAUCUCUCUUCUCCUGUGUUAGUCCAUUUCCAGCUCCGCAACAAGAGUCUAGUUAGGUUAAACCUGGAAAGCUCCUCCCUGAAUAAUCA